AUGAGCCCCUCCACUAUUUACCUGCCAGACGGGCAGACUUUCACCGUCCAGCCCGUCUUCGCAGGUCUGUUCUUCAAGAGUCACGAGCUCAACAAGCACCACCAGACCCCUUUCCCCGCAGGAUGGACCAUCGUCAUACACACAGAGGAUGAUGGCAGUGACAACAACAACGGCCUCGACGCGUCAGCCAUCAGCCGGCCUCACAUCCACUCCUUCAAGAAGCCGACACUCCAGAACGAUACCCUCUACAUAUCGUCUAUAUCCAACCCCUCCUCUGCAGACUUCAAGCCUCCCGCCUCUCCCACGCGCCAGAUCGCCAUGAUGUUGUGGAUCAGCCUCUACUGGUACUUCCACCAGCCUGCACCGUCCAAAAUACUCCCGCCGACCGAGAAAUCAGGGCUCACAGCUGUGGAGGGAAGGCCCCGUGGGGAGUGGCGCAUACAGAUCAAGAGGGAUGGCGUGUUGAGGGGCCGCAAUCUCAUACCCAAGCUGGAGCGUAUGGGCCUGAUCGCCAGCCUCGAUUCGGCCGUGGGCUCGUCCCUUGACGACACGGGCGACGAGUGGGCCAACAUGUUUGUCUCGCAGCAGAUGUUCUGGCAGAUCCCCGGCCGCCUCUUCCUUUUCACCCUCCAGCCAACCUCCAAAGGCGCGAGCUCACACCCCGGAUCCCCGGUGUCCUCGAGGCCAGGCAGCCCGGUUCGGGACCGUGGGAGCAGCUCUGCAUCUCAGCAGCAGCCCAACUCGCCAGCCUUCCACCUCACUGCAGACGUUCCUGGCGCGCCGCCUCCACAGACGCUGAUGGCCAGCCCGACCUUUCCCAUCGGGCCGUACUUCUCCUCCUCCCACCUGCCGACCUACUACCCGCCUGCGCCUUUGCAGUACACUUUCAGCAACAACACACGUCACCCUGUGCGGCCCAAGCCCCCGCGUAUGGGCGAGGUCUUUUACACCCGUUACAUACCCAGCGCUGGACAGUAUUUGUCGUUCCGUGUCGCCUCGUCCAGUCCGAAGCCUGUGCCGUACCUGGGCCCCGUGUCGCCGUCCGCGGCUGAGAAGACUAAGAGCGGUUCCCACAGCCACCUCACCACGCUGUGCGAUAUCGUCCUUGUGCAAAUGUGGCUAUCGAACCCCCGUGUCGCAAAGUUCUGGGGCGGGUACGUGCCCAACUUUCUGACCAAUGCGCUGGCAAGCAGGCACUCCUUCCCCGUGAUAGGAAUGUGGGACGGUGUACCAUUUGGUUACUUUGAGGUCUACUGGGUCAAGGAAGAUGUCUUGGGCCGGUACAUCAGUGCCGACGACUUUGAUCGGGGUAUACAUGUCUUUGUUGGUGAGGAAUGGGCGCGCGGCAAGGUCUCGAGCUGGAUGAGCGCGUUGGUGCACUGGAUCUUCUGUGCGGACUACAGGACCGCAAGCGUGUGUAUGGAGCCGAGGGUGGAUAAUGCGAGGUUCAUUCAGCAUCUACAACACGAUGGAUUUGUUGGCGAGAAGCAGAUCUCAUUUCCACAUAAACAAUCCUGGUUCGGGCGUCUUCGCAGGGAGACCUGGGAGGGGCCUUCUCUGUGA